AUGUUCUUGCGGUUCAGGUGAGUUACUUUGUACAAGGAUUUUCAAGUAUUGGAGGAGAGGGGGGGGGGUGAUUUUGAUAUUUUUAACUUUUUUAAACCAAUUUUUUCAAAAAAAUUAAAUUUAAAUUACAACUUCUAUUAUAGUCAGCACAAAAAUUAGUAAAGCUAAAGUAACGCUGAAACAUAUCAGAGCUAAAUAUGACAUUAGGUUAGCAUAAUAAGAGUAAAACUAAAAGAAGUUAAGGAUAAAGCAAUGUUUGAGCUAGGGUAAUGCUACAACAUGGCUAGGAUAAGGCUAAAGCAAAGCUAAGAAAAAGCUAGGAUUAAACUACUGUAAGGUCAGGGUAUAGAGAGCAGGGCAGACAAAUUUACAAUAGAAUAAGAAUUGGCUAGAGCUAGGAGAAGACUGGGGAAAAACCAAAACAGUUAUAGAGUAAGGCCAAGAUAAAGUCAGAGUAAGAAAAUAUAAGACCAGCGUAAGGUAUAGACAACUUCAUUGAUUAAGAUAAACGUUUUGUACUAAUAGAAGCGAGGCUGAACAAAUUUAGGGCAAAGCUAAAGCUAGUGUGAAGCAUACAUAAAACUAGAGCAACGUAGGCAAAAUUAGGUUAUUGUAUGACUAAACUGGAGGCAGUAGAAGGCAUAGACAAAAACGCUAGAAUAUAGGUAAAAAUAGACAUAACCAAACCCAAGCACUAUCUACUGUUAAAGCAAAGGAAGAACUAAAACUAUUGAUUGAGCUGCUCCAGGAAUGAAUAAGGCUAGGCUAUAAAAGAAAACUUUCUUUUGCCCCUUCUACCCAGCUUUCCAACUCCAGUAAAAAAUAUGACUUUGCAAUAACCACCCAUUUUCAGUAUACCAUUCCUUCUGUUAUUCGUCCUGUUUGUCUACACAAACUCCUGCGAUUGUUGCUGUUGUUGUGGGGGUUGUUCGUCAUCGACCCCGACCCUAAUGACAACAACCACCACUACCACAAUGAUGACCGAGACGACGACGGUAGAGUUGGACAUUAACGUAUCCAGACGACGACGUGCGUUUGAGGAUUCUGAAGUUAGGCUGACGUAUUUGCCUCGAGUUCAACGAGAUCACGGUGAUGAUCAUUAUGAUUUUGGGCAUGAAGAUGAACAUGUAGAUGAGAAUGAAGGUGAUGCAGAGCAUGAAGGGGCAGGUAAUGGCGAGAGGCAUGAAAAGGAAGAAGAGAAACAUAAAGUAGAAGAAGAAAAAGAUAAAAAAGUAGAAGAAAAACAUGAAAAAGAAGAAGAAAAAGAAGAACAUAAAGAAGAACAAGAAGAAAAAGAAGACAAAAGUACCCAUAAUAACAAAGAAUCUCACAAAAACAAAGAAGAUGACGAUCAAAAUGACCAUGAAAAACCCCAUAAACCCAUAAAAUCGUCACAAAAUCAGAAUUCACAUCAUCGUACAACUUCAGAAUCCAAUAAACCAUCAGAAAAUCAUAAAGAAUGUAAUUGUACUUGCCAUAACUUGAGUACGACUACUACAACAUACGACCAUGUUAAACAAUAUCAUGGUCAAAAUGUCACUACUGCAAGAUAUCAUGAAGAUACGACGAGGAGAGUAACUUCUAAGCCUAUAUUCCCUAUUGUCGCUGAUCCAUCGGCUUUCAACGAUGAUUCUGAAGCUCUGAAGCUCAAUGGCAAUCCCGAUUCUGAAGGCUUCAGACUUAAUGACGGUCCAGAUUCUGAAGUCUUUAAGCUCAAUGAUGAUGGUGAUUCUGAAGCUUCUAAACUCAAUGACAACCCAGAUUCUGAAUCUCUUCGUCAACAAAGCUAUGAGGCCUUAGAAUCCGUUCAUCAUAACGAUGCGUUACCUUCAGAAUCCCUUCAUCAGAACGAUGCGUUAUCUUCAGAAUCCCUCAAUAUCAAUCAAAAUGAUGAAGAACAACCUUCCAAAAAUAUUAACCAUGAUCAAAGCUACUUCAAACGCUUUGCCCAAUCAUUAGCGAACUUUAUGUUCAACAGCCCAUCUACUACAAUAUCGCCUGAGCUCAAACUCGAUUCUCCGGUAAACAAUGCCACUAUUCCACCAAUUCUAGUAUAA